CCACGCGCGUCGCGCAGCAGAAGUUAUUAUUAUUAUUAUUCGAAAUCGAGAUGAAACGAUGAAAUAUGAAAAGUUCUAUAAGAUUUUUAACAAUAUAUUCUAUCGCAAUUAACAAGAUUGACAAACAGGACAUGUAGUUGUCAGGAAUUAUCGGAAUUAUUAAUCACUAUAGUGUUUAAAACAACUGUUUAUUAGUUUUCCUGUUCUAACAAGACAUAAAAUAUGUCAUUACAAUGUUAAAUUGAAAUUCUAAGUUUAUAAGCGAUUUUCUACUUUCAAAGUGAAUUUCACAAUUAUUUAAAGAAAAAAUAUCUUUGUGGAAUUGGUGAAUUCCAGUUUUACUAAUUGCGUAAGCGCAUUUAUUAUAUUUUGGUUUGCGACAAAUGUGAAAAGAUAUUCUUUCACGACAAAUUUCCAACAAAAACUACAAUUCAAAAUGAAUUCCCGGACAAUUCGAAACAAUAUGCGUCAACUUCGUUGUGCCAUCAAUGAGGGAAAUGUAGAAACUGUAAAGGAGCUUCUACAAAAAGGAAUUAACAUUAAUGAUCAAAACGGGAAUGGAGAAACCAUUUUAUAUCACGCUGUCAAUGCAGGACAUUUAAUGAAAGAGGAAAAAGAUUUUGAAAAGUUGAUAAAAAUAUUGCUAGAAUUUGGUGCCGAAAUUAAUGGUAAAAAUAAAAUUGGCGUCACACCACUUCAUGUUUCUGCUGAAAGAGGACAUGAAGAAAUCUGUAAAAUGCUUUUAAUUAAAGGAGCUGAUGUAAAUGCAGUAAAUGAACAUGAAGAAACAGCCUUGCACUUUGCGGCUCAAAAAGGUCGUGAAGAGACUGUUAAAUUACUUCUAGAGUUUGGUGCCAAAAUUGAUUGUAAAAAUGUUUAUGGUGAUACACCACUUCAUUUUGCUGCUGAUAGGGGCAAGAAAGAAAUCUGUAAAAUGCUUUUAAUUAAAGGAGCUGAUGUAAAUGCACUAACACGUAAAAAAGAAACCGCCUUGCACAUGGCAGUUAAAAAUGGUCAUGUUGAGACUGUUAAAUUUUUGCUUGAAUUUGGAGCCGAAAUUAAUUGUAAAAAUAAAAAUGGAGCCACACCACUUCAUUUCUCUGCCCGACAAGGAAAUAAAGAAAUAAUUAAAAUGCUAUUAAUUAAAGGAGCUGAUGUAAAUGCAGUAAAUUUGAAAAACGAAACUGCUUUACACAUUGCAGUUAAACUUAGUUACAAUGAAAGGAAUGCUGUAUUAUUGCUAGAGUUUGGUGCCGACUUUGAUUUUUUCAAAUAUUUAUUAUUUUGUGGGCAAAGUGCUUUUCACUUCCACUUUAUUAAAAGAGCAAUAGCAAAUUUAUUUGUACUUGAAAGAUAUUCACUAUUUUCGAGUGAAACUUACCUGGAAGAAAAGUUUCAAAAAGAAUGUGAGAAAGAAAUAUUGUAUUUGAAGAAUGAAAAGAUUAAUGAUACAAAUAUUUCGUUCUUUGACAUAUUGAUUAACUAUUGUUCAUUAUUCAAGUACAUGAAAAAUGAGAACAUUGUACAGACUCUAAAAUCAUUGGAUUAUGAAGCAAAAUUUCCAUUUUACGGCAACAUGAUAAACUGUAAUUUCAUAAAGUGUAUGAAAAGAAGAGGAUUACUAGACCAAUGUUAUCAAUUUUUUCCUCUUUUUUAUAACAACUUCACCGAGUCACCACAAUGUUAUCAUGAAAAAAUACUUAGUUUUCUAAAUGACGAGGACUUAAGCAUUUUAAUUAAAGCUUGUCAGCCUCUUGUAAACCUAAAUUUGUAAACAAUUUAGUUUUCAAAUAAUCAUUUUUUGAUAAAUUUUAAUUUCGCUGUAGAACUGUCAGAUAGACAGAUUUUCUUUUUUCUAAAAUUGGAUCUACGUACGCAGAUGAAUUUUCGAAGUUAUUUCUUCUCUAUUAUUAGAAUGUUUUCAGUUGGUAUUGUACCAUAAUUUUUUUUCUGUAAAAUUAAUGUUAAUUAACUAAUUUUUAGAUAUAUAGAGAAAGUGAAGAAAAAUUAAAUUUAUAAAAUAAAGUUAAUGGGAAUUCCUUAUUCCUAUAGAAUAGGAAAUUUGUUUUUUCUAUACUUAAGUUAAGUAUUUUUAUAUUUACAUAAAAAUGAAUAGUAAGUAAAGAAUUCUAAUUGGAAAUAAAAUGACUAUUUUACAAA